AUGAGCAGAGCAAAGCCUCUUUCUCUAGAAGAAAAGACAAGGAGAGUACUUAGUUUGAUGCAGGAGAAAGACGACAUCUUUGGGCUCAAGGACUUAGAAAAGGUCUGCCAGAAAGAAAAAGGAGUAAUUCCGCAGAGCAUUAAAGAAGUGAUAGAUAUUCUCGUAUCUGAGAACAAAGUAAAAGAGAAGAAAGUAGGAGCAUCAAGAUUCUACUGGAGUUUCCGCUCAGACAUAAAAAUAAACAAAGAGAACAGACACGAAAAGCUGUCAGCUGAGAACAAGAAGCUGAAAGAGCAAAAAGAAGCGCUUUUGGAGGAAAUAGACGUGCUUGAAAAGAACAGAUCAACUCUCCCAGACAGAGAAGACAAGAUAAAGAUCCUUGUGGAACACAGAAAAAAGCAGAAAGAGCUUGAGACAGUGACUAAGCAGAUGGAGGAGAACGACCCCUCCAAGCUCUUGGCGAUAGGCGAGGAGAUAGACGCAGUGACAAAGAGUCUGACAGAGUGGGCAGAUGCGUUCAAUAUUCUCCAGUCCUACGUAAAGAACACUUUCAACAUGACGCAAAAAGAUUUCUGCAACGCAUUCCCGAUAAGCAUGGAUGAUCUUGAGAAAAUAGAAGAGCUCUAA